AUGCACGCUGAGUUUCUCUUGGUGUACCGUGAGCUGAAUUCUAACACAUUCGCUUCACAGGUUCCAUGUCAUAAAAAGAAGAAGUGUAAAAAUGGGGGAAAGACGAUCAUUUAUCUCAAAGAUGGACCCAGUUCUGAUCCUUACAGGUGUGAGUGUCCAAAGGGAUUCAGUGGAGAUCUUUGCCAAAUUGGUGAGUUGUUAAAGAAAAAGAUUGCGGCGCAAGAUAAAGAUGAAAUAAAGUGAGAAUCAAACGUUGUUGAAACAAGAACUCAUAUCAAGCCAUGCUAAAAGUGUUUACGCAUGUUCGCAAUUAUAGCAUUGGCUGAAUUCAGCUUUUGUUGCAAGAAUUUGUUGCAAUUGGCUGAAUUCAGCUUUUGUUGUGCUGCAAUUUUGUUUCCUGUAUUACUUCGCCUUAAAUAAUUUAUUAUUUUGCCGACGAGGUGCAUGUGUUGGAUUCAUUAUCUAUGUAUAGAUAGAUAAGGGAACAAAUUUGAGUACAGUUUGGAAAAACACUCAAAAUUGUAUGAGUCGGAAGGAUGAAACCUCACGAGGCUCUUGCAACAUUAUGUUUUUUAGAGUUCACUUGAAAUGUUUUGGAACUUUUUAGGGACUUAAUUUUUAAUUUGAUGUUUUUUCAUUUGCGAUCGUAUCAACAUUUUUUAAUGUCUUAUAUUUACAAAAAUACAAUGGAUAAAAAAAUGUGUUGACCAUUAGAAUUUCAUUAUGUUUCUUAUUCUCAUUUAGUCCCGACGCCUUCUGUCGACUCCGCCAUACUGUCUGGAGAACCAGCUGACUUUCUGACAAGAUUAACUUCAUGGACCGGAAACACAUCAAGCACUAAUUGGACGCUGUGUUGGCGUGCAACUGAGCAUGGAUGGGCAGCAAGUACCUUUCAUGGAAACUGUGAUUACAAGAAACCAACCGUGACCAUAAUAAAAGUUGGUAACUUCAUCUUCGGUGGUUAUGCUACGGAGUCUUGGGAAA